UGAGUUGUUAAAAAAAAACUAAUUAUGUAAAAUGUAUGUUUACAGGCGUUCUUGCUGUUCAUCCUCUGCGUGCUGCGGUGUGCCGGUAGAAAAAGGAUGCUUCGUAUUCGCCAUCAUAAAUGCCAUUAUUUGCGUGGCAGCUUCCAUCGGAUGCCUUGUCUUCCUAAUCAACAGCUUCAGCAUCUAUUUCGACGGAGAAGCCCGAAGCUCUAACGAGAUGUUACUGGUGUACUUCUUAUCGGGAAUCGCUCUCGGCAGCUGUGUGGUCAGCACCUUACCGCUCACGUUCGCUAUAUUGCUGGUUGUGGGGAUUCGCCGUCGCAACAAGAGUUACGUGAAGGCCUACCUGAUAUUCGGCAUCAUCGUGGAGGUGCUGAGCGUGAUCGGGUGCCUCGUGAUCAUCGGGGUCGAGUGGGGGGAAGUGGUCGUGAUGAUCACGCUGAUCCCUCUCGGGAUUUGCGGAUGUAGUCGUUAA